GAGGCGAGGACUUGUUCUUCAACGCUGCAGUCGCCCUCCGAUCGGCAAGGCUUCUCUCGGCUCCGUUCGGCUCGCCCAUCUCAGUUCAGUUCGGGUCAGUUAAGCUCCGCUCAGUUCAGCAUGCUGCGCGCCGCACUCACCACCGUCCGCCGCGGACCGCGCCUGAGCCGCCUGCUGUCUGCCGCCGCCACCAGCGCGGUGCCAGCCCCCAACCAUCAGCCUGAGGUCUUCUGCAACCAGAUCUUCAUUAACAAUGAGUGGCACGACGCCGUCAGCAGGAAAACAUUCCCCACCGUCAACCCUUCCACAGGGGAGGUCAUCUGCCAGGUGGCCGAAGGGGACAAGGAGGACGUAGACAAGGCAGUGAAGGCCGCUCGUGCAGCCUUCCAGCUGGGCUCACCCUGGCGCCGCAUGGAUGCAUCUGACCGGGGCCGGCUGUUGUACCGAUUGGCAGAUCUCAUAGAGCGGGACCGGACCUACCUAGCGGCCUUGGAGACCCUGGACAACGGCAAGCCUUAUGUCAUCUCGUACCUGGUGGAUUUGGACAUGGUCCUGAAAUGUCUCCGCUAUUACGCUGGCUGGGCUGACAAGUACCAUGGGAAAACCAUUCCCAUCGACGGCGACUUCUUCAGCUACACCCGCCAUGAGCCUGUGGGCGUGUGUGGACAGAUCAUUCCAUGGAACUUCCCACUCCUGAUGCAAGCAUGGAAACUGGGCCCAGCCCUGGCAACCGGGAACGUGGUGGUGAUGAAGGUGGCCGAGCAGACACCGCUCACCGCGCUCUACGUGGCCAACUUGAUCAAGGAGGCAGGCUUCCCCCCUGGUGUGGUCAAUAUCAUUCCCGGAUUCGGCCCUACCNCCGGGGCUGCCAUCGCAUCCCAUGAGGGUGUGGACAAAGUGGCAUUCACAGGCUCCACGGAGGUUGGUCACCUAAUCCAGGUGGCUGCUGGGAGCAGCAACCUCAAGAGAGUAACCCUGGAGCUGGGGGGAAAGAGUCCCAAUAUCAUCAUGUCUGACGCUGACAUGGACUGGGCUGUGGAGCAGGCCCACUUUGCCCUGUUCUUCAACCAGGGCCAGUGCUGCUGCGCAGGCUCCCGGACCUUCGUGCAGGAGAAUGUGUAUGACGAAUUCGUGGAACGCAGCGUGGCCCGGGCCAAGUNUCGGGUGGUGGGGAACCCCUUCGACAGCCGGACGGAGCAGGGGCCUCAGGUGGAUGAAACUCAGUUUAAGAAGAUCCUCGGCUACAUCAAAUCGGGACAACAAGAAGGGGCGAAGCUGCUGUGUGGUGGGGGCGCUGCCGCGGACCGUGGCUACUUCAUCCAGCCCACCGUGUUCGGGGACGUAAAAGACGGCAUGACCAUUGCCAAGGAGGAGAUCUUUGGACCAGUGAUGCAAAUCCUCAAAUUCAAGACCAUUGAGGAGGUUGUAGGGCGGGCCAAUGAUUCUAAGUACGGGCUGGCAGCCGCCGUUUUCACAAAGGACCUGGAUAAAGCCAAUUACCUGUCCCAAGCUCUGCAGGCUGGCACUGUGUGGAUCAACUGCUACGAUGUGUUUGGGGCCCAGUCUCCAUUUGGGGGCUAUAAGAUGUCAGGGAGUGGCAGGGAGCUGGGCGAGUAUGGCCUGCAGGCGUACACAGAAGUGAAGACGGUCACCGUCAAAGUGCCACAGAAGAACUCGUAAAGCGGCAUGCCAGCUUCCUCAGCCUGCAGUUCUCAAAAACCCAACAAGAUAUACUGAGAAAAACCGCCACACACACUGCGCCUCCAAAGAGAAACCCCUUCACCAAAGUGUCUUGGGCCAAGAAAGUCAGAAUUUGAUAAACAGGGCUGGGCUGGUGGGGGGAAAGCUCCUGAUAAACUGGGUAGGGGAUGAAGCUCAAUGCAGACUGCUCACGCAUCCAGAUGUGCAGGAUGCUGCCUUCUACCCGUAGUCCCUAAGCAGCAAAUGAGCAAUAAAAAUCAGCAGAUCAAAGCCA